CAAGACUUUUCUUCUCGAUGGAACGCGACAUAAGUGCCCUUGGUUGUGGAUGUGAAUUUGUCCAGUUGGGUUUGAAUGCAGGGAGUAUCAGCAACUAGCAACGCAAGCAGUUUUUUGGAGGUGUCGCUGCGCUAUUUUGAUGAGCAGCUUCUGCUGGACAUCCUGCCACGCGCUCAGUGUCCUGGCGAGGAUGAAGGAUCUCCGAUGGACGAGUUCGCCGACCUGUUUACGGUGGAUCAACUUCGCCAGGGAUGGGUGGUGCUGCACGUCUUCGCUGCGGUUUACUUCUUUAUCCUGCUGGCCAUCAUUUGCAACGACUACUUCCUGCCGACUGUGGAGUGCAUCUGCGAGGACUUGCACCUUUCGAAGGACGUGGCAGCGGCCACUUUCAUGGCUACCGCCACCUCCAUGCCCGAAUUCUUUACGAACACGAUCAGCACGUUGAUUCUGGAGUCAGAUAUGGGCCUGGGCACGAUUAUCGGCUCGUUAAUGUUCAACACAUUGGGAGUGGCCGGCCUAGCUGCGCUCGCCAUCGAUAAGCCGGUGCAACUGGACUGGUGGCCCAUAGCUCGCGACUGCUUUAUUUAUGUCUUCAACACGAUUAUCCUGCUGGUCUUGGCCUGGAGUGGAAGCAUUAGUUUCACGGAGUCCUGCAUCAUGAUGGGAUUCCUCAUCCUUUACUACCUUAUCACGUUUAACAACAACAAGUUUAUGCCCGCCAUCCGGGUGUUUAUCGAGGAUCGUAUGAACUGCUGCUUCUCCACGCGAUAUGAUCUAACGGAGCCUCCAGAGAACAGUGCCAAGGCGCAGCUUCCACUCAAAAAAGAUCCUCUGUCCGGCGAUGGCCUCUUUGUUCUUAAUCUUCCCGAAAACACCUCGUCCAUGUCUUCCACCGCCAACCUCACACGUAACAAGCAUCUUAACGACGAGGACGACGUCGCAGACGUAGUGCCCGGGAGCAUAUACGCUUACCCGCGUGACGCAUCCGGUUGGAUGCAAUUCUGGUGGAUCUUCGUCUUCCCCAUUAAGGUCACGCUAUCCCUAUUGAUCCCGCACCCGAUGAAGUACCGCCGACUGUACCCAUUAUCUUUUAUCAUGUGCAUCUUGUGCAUUGGCGGAAACGCCUACCUUAUUGUCUGGAUGCUGACUGCCUUUGGUGUGGCCAUUCAUGUGCCUACCAUUGUGAUGGGUCUGACCUUCUUGGCUGCUGGCUCUACCAUGCCGGAAGCCGUCUCCAGUCUUAUUUCCCUUAGAAAUGGGGAAAAUGGCAUUGGAGUUUCUAAUUCGUUGGGCGCUAACUCCUUGGCCAUCUUGCUAUCCCUUGGAGUGCCUUGGUUCAUCAAGAAUUGUAUACACUACGGAACUGGGGAGCCCCAGCAGGUUGGCACCCAGGGCAUCGAGUAUAACAUCCUGAUCUUGAUCAUAUCCACUAUGGCGCUGUUCAUAAUCCUCAGCUUCAGUGGAUAUCGGCUUACGAAGCGAGUGGGCGUAGCCCUCUUCACGGUGUACGGAGUCUUUAUUGUUCUACAGAUCCUCAUCGAGAUGAAUGUAUUCUUUCCCAGAGAUUGCAGCAGCUAGUGAUGGACAAAGAUUUGUUGUAAAAAAAUCACCCUUGCACAAAUCUUUUGGUGCCGGCACCAGGAGUUUAUCACUAUUACAAAGACACCCUAUUUACAGGACCUACAUUUGUGUAAUUAUAUUUAGGAAAUACUAUACCAUCUAAAAAAGUUUGAAUGUUUUAAAUGAUAAGUACAACAAUUUUAUGUCUUGGCUGUACUUUGUAAUUAUCAUUUUAAUACUCAACCAGGAAUCAGAGGCAGUACACAUCCUGUAUUUCUAACCCUACUUUACGAUAUAAUUAAUACGUAAGACUGUCUAUAGAUUUAGAAGACGAGGCUUCCAUCAGCUAUUUCUAUUUAUUUCGUGAGUGUAUCUUAAGGCCCGUAGUACAACCAACAAAUGUUUAAACCGUUACCAAAGCACAAAACGAGAUACUAGCAGUUAAGAAAAUAUUACACGCUUAUCCGGAAGAGUCCAUGAUAUUCACCCAUUCUGCCCAGGCCUGUCGCUGACAGAAGAAAUUCGUAACAUCAUAAAAACGUUCUGUUGAUAUUCCGCGUAUAUACUUAGCGCUUUAGCAACUACUUGUUAACUCUGCCUAAUAUACUUGAUACCAUUAUUAUUAAUUUAUAAAUAUACCUUAAGACAAUUCUUACCGAAUCAUUAUAUUAUUAUUAAAUUGUCUUUCAAACUGAUCCCGAGACUAUCUAGGGGCCAAUUCAUUAGACUUUGAAGCCAGUUUAAAAAUAAAACAGUGAUAAUUGGGUGGCGGUUUGUCGUUAGGUUUUUAGUUUCAUUUAGGGGAAUAAUUGAAAUUACCUUGAAGUUGUUACAUCACAAAUAAUAUCAUUGAAUGAGAUCAAAUACACCUUAAUACACAUCCAGUAUGCAAAAUUCGUAGAACGAUACCCAAAGUUAAUUAAUUGGAGUGUAUCUAGGCGUGUACACUAUUUAUCUUAAAGAUAUAUAAGUACAUUUGUAAAUAUAUAAGGAGAAACUUUAUUUCCCCAUUACCACUAAAUAUAAAUAAGUUCAAU